CGUUUUUGUGUGGAGUACAAAAAGCAAAUCUAUAAAAGCUAACCAGUCUAUAUAAAUACAAAUGCAAUCUAACCCCUUCAUAAUAUAAAAAAGUGGUAGUGAAAAUGAGAAUAGCAGGGCAGGUUUGUUUUGUUGAUCAAGUUCUCAGGAAAGCGGAGGCAGAGAAGGGAUGGAGGUGUGGCCCACUACAGGUGGAAUUCCCCUGAACUCACCUGAGUCCAGCCCCCACUCCUUUACAGGAGUAUAAAGCAUUGUAGGUGGUUAAAUUCAGCACCUUCGCCUUAGAGACAGAGGAGAGCACUGAUAGUCACGACACACUCACACUGCGGAUUUUCUCAGAGUGCAUUCCUUUGCAUUAUAUCGUGGCUGUAAUCAGUGUCUCCAUGUCAUCCCCGUGCCUCAGCAGCGUCCUGACUCAUGCAAACCUCACCAUGUACCAGACUGGUGUCUCUGAUGUUCUGUCACGGCAGCCAAGUGUGCUGCCCAGCAUCAACACCCUGCAGAUCAGCAGCCCUGCAUACAGCUCCACGAGCAGUCAGUUGUAUAGACAGAUAAGCCCUCACUGCUGGGCAGCAGAGAAUGUUUUGGACUGGAUCAGCGACCAUGUAGAGAGCACUAAAUUUGAUGCAAGCACCCUCAGUCUGGCCUGCUGUGCUAUGGACGGGCCCACCUUGUGCCAGAUGAGCCGGGACCAGAUGAUCGCGCUUUUUGGCCCACAGCUUGGCCCACACCUCCACCAGAGUUUGCAGGAACACAAGACCAAAUAUGAGCUGCAGAGCCUGUCAGUACCAGAGCUGGAUGAGACCUGCCUGCUCCUGGACAACUUUCUGGACAACCUGAACUUCCCUCUGCUCAGCACUAUCAGAAUUGGGCAAGCAGAAGGGGCUGUCAGCAAGAGGGACUUUGAGUAUGGGGAUGAUUACGAUCUGACCGGCCUGACCAUGGAGUCCAUGACACCUCUGGUAGACACUGAGUACCUUUCUGAUAAUCAGUCUGACAGCGAGCACAGCUCCUCCUCCAACAGUGGCAUGUUUGGCUUCUCAAACCUCGGCUCUCCAGAGUCUGGCAGUGGUGAAUCAGACCCAGAGUUCUCCUAUCCUCUGAUUUCAAAAGUGCAUAUCAAGACAGAGAAAGGAGAGUCUCGACUGAAGCGACCACGAGGGCGACCUCCCAAGAUCAGUAGAGAACACAGCAGCAGCAUUUAUGAAAAUUCAAAGAAAAACAAACACGCACCUCGUGGCACUCACCUUUGGGAGUUCAUCAGGGAUAUUCUGAUCCACCCAGAGAGGAACCAGGGCCUGAUGAAAUGGGAGGACCGCCACGAGGGUGUCUUCAAGUUCCUUAAGUCAGAGGCUGUAGCUCAGAUGUGGGGCCAGAAGAAGAAGAACAGCAGCAUGACGUAUGAAAAACUCAGCCGUGCCAUGAGGUAUUACUAUAAAAGAGACAUCCUGGAGCGAGUUGAUGGCCGUAGGCUUGUAUACAAAUUUGGAAAGAACUCCAGUGGCUGGAAAAUCGAGGAAAUUGGCAUUAGUAUGUAAGGAUUGAGUCUCCAUGCAAGUAGAAACCAAAAAGCCUAUCAAAGCAGUAGUUCAAGAACUGGAAAUACCUGUCGCCUCGCUGCCCCAAAUGUUAAGACACUAACUUCCUCUUUGAAGGAAGGUGUUGCAGAAAAUGUAAGCCAGUGUUUUUGGCUCUAGUAGGUUUUAUGAACCAAUAUUAAUGUUGUACCUGUGUUUUUUUCACUACAGAAACUUUAUUGUGUGUGUAACAGUAACUAAAUUGGUCAUUGAUUUGGAUAUCUGUGAGUUAUCUGAAAAGACUGAAGGAGCUAUCUUUUUACAGUUGUACAGAACUCAUUCUGGUUUAUGUAUGUAAGUUCCUUUACUGAUUGAGGACUAACUCAUCCGCAUCUGUCACUAUGGAGUUUGUUUGUUUUGGUAAGUGGGCAUUAAUUAUUGUAUUGUGACAUUGGAUAUAUCACUCUCUCUAGUGAUCUUGUAGUCUACUUAUAUUACUGUUUUGUUAUUCUAAAUAAGGGUGAAACUUUGAGAUUUUUAUAUAGAAUCAUUUGUGGAUCUGACGGUCGAACCACAUUUGUAAGUCUUCUAUUAGUAAACAAAAUGUGACGGACGAAGACAGAACAGGGCAAAAUAAAUGUAAGUGAUCCUACUUCACAGUAAUAUAAUAAUGAUAUGCACAACAUGUCUAUCAGUAUCACUUAUUGUAAAGUGUUUUUACACAAUGUCAAAUAAGAUAUAUUUUAAUGUACGGCAUAUUGUUUUUUAUAGAAAUACAUUUUUUAUUAACAUACUGUUUUGGGAUUGAUUUUUAAAUGUGUAUUCUGCAAUCUUAUGGUGUUUCUGUAACUGUCGGGAAGGAAAAUGUAAAAACUGUGAGUGUUAAAUUCACAAUUAGUAAAUAAUUGUCUGUAGUGCUUCUUUAAAAUCAAAACUCUUUGUUCUGGUCACCAAUUUGGCUAACAUUUAGCUAAUGUCAAAUUACAGGAGCUGGUUUGUAAGAAUAUUCUGCAAGAAAAUCAUCCUUGCAUUUGAAUAAAGGUGUGUGUACUAUGAUCUCUAA